AGCGGCGGUGUUGGUAGGCGGGCCGCGGCCCCACCAGUCGAGCACCAGCAGUGCCACCCCUGGGCGCCCUGCACACUGUGGCGCAGCCUUUGUCCUGCAGUGCGAUCGAUCAGAUCGCUUGCGACCGAGCAGGCGCCGCUGUGCGUGUGGUUGGGCCGUAGCGGUGGCGGGCGGCGAGCGGCAGUUCACGAUGCCAGCCGACCUGUCUGCCAGCGACCGGGAGGAUGUGGUCAGGACGGUGCAGAAGAUGGAGGAGGCCAAUCGCAACCUGGAGACUGCCGAGGGCCGGAUGGCGGGCGCCAACCUGCGGGUCACCCAGGACGAUAUCAUGAUUGUGUCGCCGCCAAAGUGCGGCACCACGUGGCUGUGCCAGAUCGUGCACAUGCUGCGGUCUGGGGGCGACAUGAGCUACGACGAGAUUAACCUGGUGAUUCCCUGCAUAGAAAUGGCCUGGGACUAUGGAUUGAAGGAUAUGACUGUGCAGGAUGGCUGGCGGCCACGCGUCUACAAGACCCACUUUUGGCGGCCCCACUGCCCCAAGGGGGCCGGCAAGUACCUGUUCAUCACUCGUGACCCGCUGGAUGCAGGGCCCUCCUUCUUCUACUUCCUGCAGGGCUGGAUCUUUGACGCGGGCGCCAUCAGCAUGCACGACUUCCUGGUGCACUUCUGGCUGCGCCGCGGCGACCCGCCCUCCCCGCUCUUUAAUGCCGGCAUGUGGAACAACAUGGCUUCCUGGUACCCCCACAGGGCGGACCCCAACCUGCUGUGGCUUCACUACGAGGAUUUGCAAGAGGACCUGCCCGCCGCAGUGUCCCUGAUUGCCGAGUUCCUGGGCAUCGGCCAGCACGACCCCGCCCUGCAGGCGCUGGCGGUGGAGCGGUCCACCAUCGGCUGGAUGAAGCGGUUCCCGGAGAAGUAUGACGAGCACAUGCUGAAGCUGGCGCGCAACGAGGCCUGUGGGCGGCCCCGGGAGGCGGGCCUGCGCACGGGCAAGGUGCGGGAGGGGCGGGUCGGGCGCAACAAGGAGGAGCUGACCCCGGAGCUGCGGCAGGCCAUCCAGGAGCGGUGGGACGACACCAUGCUUCCCGUCACAGGGUAUGCCACGUACGAGGAGAUGCGGCGGGGCAUCAACAGGGAGCUGGGCAGGCCGUUCAGCCGCUGACCUGACUGGGAGAGAAUUGGGAGUGUCGCGGCAUUGUUACUAACAGCUCAGC